AGUAAGAAGUGUAUGAGCGAGAGUGAGUGUAUAAGGUGGUGGUGAGGGAGAGAUGAGAGCGUGCGGGGCGGCGCGCGUCACUUGUCAGGCCCGGGCGCCCUGGCUCCUGAUUGGUCAGUUUUGACAAGCGUCGUUUACCCGCCAUUUCUCUCGCCAGUCGAUUAUAUACAGGUUACGGAGCCUCUGCCACCCAGCCAUGUCUGACGACGAGACCAAACAGCCAGUGGAGGAGACAACAGAUGGUGAAAAGAAAAAAGAUGAGGAAGUUAAGGAGAAGGAGGAGGAGGAGGGUGAAGAGGAGCGGCAGGAACCUAAAACUAAAGAUAAAGAGGACAAGUUAGAUGAAAAGGAGGAGGAAGAAACAAAAGAAGAAAAAGCAAAUGAGGAGGAAUCAAUGAAAGAAGAGGAAGAUAAUGAAGAGGAGGAUGAAGAGGAUGAAGAAGAGGACGAAGUGGAGAGAAAACCCCAAAAAGAGGAAGUAACCACAACACCCAAAAAAGAAAAAGAUAGUGAAGUCCCCUUGUACGAUCAGCCACUAGAGAUGAGUGGCAAGCGGGACAGAAAGAAGGUUGAACGUUUUGUCCAAGAAGCGAAAAAGGAAGAAGUAGAACCUACAGGAGCAGGAGUACCUCUUGGUGACAUUCCCUUUAUUGAUGCCAUGAUCACUAAAAUGCAAGCAGAUGAACUUAAAGUUUUACAUAGAGUUGCUUACAGUCGACCAGGAAGUGGGACUGAAAUAAAGAAAAACCUUCGUAAAUUCAAUGGAUUUCCCUUCACAAAAGAUGACAAAAAAUAUCAAAGCAAAUUAAGCACUGUGGAAAGAAUAAUAAUGUCCGAGCUCAAGAAGAUAUUGAUGAUUUUAGGCUUGGAGCGGUCUGGCAUCAAAGGAGAGAUUGUAGAAAGACUAAUGGCGUUCAUGCUUGACCCACAGGAUACUGGGAAGAGACCUCCGAAAUCUGUAAAGAAAGGUAAAGGACCAAGAGGAAGACCAAGGAAAGGGCAUGAUAAAAAGAGAGAAAACAACACAUCUGUGAAUGACUCUGGAAGUGGUGGAAGUGAGAGUGGAGAGUCAGACUCUGAGGAGCAGGAGGAGGAAGAUGAGGAGCCUGAGGAGGAAGAGGAGGAAGAAAAGCCUAAGAAGGCACCAAGGAAGACCCCGGCCAAGAAGGCACCAGCAAAGAGAGCAGCAUCUGCUAAAAAGGCUACGCCUGCUAGGCGAUCCAGAGCUGCAGAGUCUGAUGAUUCAGACUCUGAUGAUGAACCAUUGGCUAAGAAAGUUAAACAACCUCCCUCAGAUGCUGAACUCAAAAUAAUGGUGAAGAAAAUUUUAGAAGGUGCCAAUUUGGAAGAAGUGACGAUGAAGAGUGUAUGUCGACAGGUGUAUGAUAACUACCCAGACUUUGAUCUUACACACAAGAAAGUCUUCAUUAAGGAAACUGUGAAAUCUAUAAUAUCGUGAUUGGUCAGCGUUACCAGCGUUAAGUAUAGUACAAAUUGUUCAUAUAAUGCUUUUUUAUUGUAGAGUUACACAAAAUUAUGAAAACCUGUACCAAUAUGGCAGUUAAAAAUCUUUAACAAAGACCCCAUCAAUUAUAUGAAAAUUAUUUAAUACAUAGUGUUAAUGGCACCUGCCUGUUUGUCACUUAUCUUUCCUCCCUCACUCCAUUUUUCUCUGUAAUUGCUUUGACACAAUUUAUCACCUGAGCACAUGAGAAGUUUUCACCUAAAACUUGACCCAUUUAUGAGCAACUGUGUUGUUUUCUCUCAUUGUGUAAUAGUUUUCCCAGUUUUUUUUUUUUUUUCCAGUUCAUAAUAUGAACACAGUUACCUUAUUUGGCAAAUAAUUUGGUUCCUAAAUUAUAGCACUGCAGCUCACUUUCUUGCUUUUACAGCAUUUUAAUUAAACGUAGAAUUAGGAUUUACGAUGACAUUUCUUGGUUAAGCCUAACAGAUGCAAAACAUCAAUAAAGUUUUUCUAAUUAGUGUUGUUGUGCUUAAGAUUGACUGGUUAACCUGGCUGUGUGCUACCUUAAUUGCUCUUUUUGGCAAGAAGUAUCACAUGACAUUUUCACCCCAAGAUGGGUGCAGUGACAAAUUAUCUAAAUUAGGCAGUGUUAAGAAACUAUAUACAUUUAUCUUGUUCAUCUCUGGUCUGGUGAUACUUUUUUGAGCCGAGAUUGUAUCAGACUAUUAAUAAAUGUUAACUGUGAAGUAACCUGGGAAUGUGGUUGACUUGCUUGGGGUAGUAGUAGUAUUGCCCAGUGAGUAAUAUUCAAGUACAUUCUUCUUUCAGUACUGCUUGCAGCUUUUGUGGCCAGCUGUCUAUUUUCCCAUAACUUAUUUUCCAUAGUUAGCCCACCAUUCCAACUGGUAUUCCCUAAUAUUUGAACACUUGAGUUUUAUCUAUAAUGUUUACUGUAAGAUGGUGAAAUCUUUUUAAUUUGCAUUUACACUGCAUUUUAUUACCAGUUUUGGUGUAUGUUGACCAUGUUUCUCCUGUCAUGCUGAUACAAAUUAUUUGCCCCAGAUAUUACUUUUGUGCCAUUAAAGCAUUUUAUAUAAUUGUUGGUUUUCAUGUUACCAUGAAACGGUUUUUAUCAUGAGAAUCAAAGUUGAAAAAUGGCAGUUUAAUUUCUACUGUUUAGGAUUCUCUUAAAAAUUUUAUCAGCUUAUGUUAAUAUCAGAAUUGUAAAUGGGAGUUCUUGUACACAUUAUUAAAUGUACCUCUAGACUAUUUGUAGAAUACAUAUAUAUAUUUUUUUCUGUCCCUGCAAUGCUGUAUUUUUUUUUUUUUUUUUUAUACAUGUGUAAUAACUCGCCUAUGCUCUUAAAGAAUUUACAUAACUUAUAGAGAUGUUAGGGAUUUUGACACAAAUUAUGCGUGAUGCACUUGUCAUUUAUAUUAGAAAAAAUAUAUAUUUUUUAUUGGUCUAUUGUAACAGACACAUUGGACAACAUAACAUAUCUUAUAUUUGCAGUAAAAAUUAAUCUCCUUCAAAUACUAAAUAUAGGGUCACGUCAUUGGUUGUGUUAACUAUAAAACUCCGUCAACUAUAUGUAUACAGUACUGUAAAUUACGAUAUUAUUUGGAAUCCGAUUGUAAAUGCUGUGGCAUGUAGAUAUAUUAAUAAAAUAUUUUAGUCCAAACAAAUAAAAGGGGGAAUUGUGAUCUGACAUACACUUGGAUCAAUGUCCAGUAUAAGGCUGGCAGGCAUUUUACAUAAACAUUUUUUACCAGAUGAGAGCAUACCAAUUGUAAGAUUAUUCUAAUAAAGUAAGUUUUAGUUAUUCUAA